UGGUAGUUGUAGUUUUUCAACCUGUAGGCUGUAAUUGCAUAAUAGGAGUUGUAGUUUUCCAAGCCUCAAGGCUUCCAGGGCAUGCUGGUAGUUGUAGUUUUGGCACAGCUGGAGAUCACUGGGGGUUUAGUAUAAUAGCCCAUCCUGCUCUCAGGGCAGGAAUCCAUUCCCCUCCAUUACAGCCUGGCACACAGCCAUACCAGGCGCCAGCAGUCAGCUCACAGCCGUGCCAGGACCUGAUGUUCACUUAGCGGCUCUCACAUUACUCAGGGACUACAAGUCCCAGCCGGCUGAUCACGUGGUGUGCGGCAGUAGUAGAGUGUUGUGGGGCAGGAGAUCGGUGCGGGCGGGCGCGGCACACACACUGAUCACACACAUCCACCGAGCGGAGAGCUGCGGCCGGGACAGGCCCCCGGGGGCCACAGGCUCCUGCCGCCCGACAUGGACGAUCCCGAGGAGGAGAGAGAGAAGCGAUAUGCCGAGCUGUUCAGCCAGCUGGACACCAACAAGGACGGGCAUGUGGACAUCAACGAGCUGAGGGACGGGCUGGCGGCCAUGGGCAUGAGAGGCUGCAGGAACGCCGAGCAGGAGAUCCUACGGGUCGGGGACACUGAUCAGGACGGGCAGCUGGAUUUUGACGAGUUCACCCGAUACCUGGUGGAGAGAGAGAAGAGACUCCUCAUCAUGUUCAACAGCUUGGACCGCAACAACGAUGGUCACAUUGAUGCGUCUGAGAUCCAGCAAUGUUUUCACGGUCUUGGGGUUCACAUCACGCUGAACCAGGCCAACAAGAUCCUGCACAGCAUGGAUCGUGACGGCACCCUAACCAUAGACUGGUUGGAAUGGAGGGAUCAUUUCCUGCUGAACCCAUUGCACAAUAUGGAAGACGUGGUGACGUAUUGGAAGCAUUCCUCUAUGCUCGACAUAGGGGAGUCUCUUGCUGUUCCUGAUGAGUUUUCCCAAAAGGAGAUCCGAUCGGGCAUGUGGUGGAAGCAACUUCUGGCUGGUGGGGUGGCAGGGGCCGUCUCUAGAACAGGAACGGCCCCUCUGGACCGGCUAAAAGUGCUAAUGCAGGUUCAUGGGACAAAAGCUAGUGGUCUCUCAAUAUUGAGAGGUCUGCAGGGAAUGAUCGAGGAGGGAGGGGUGCGGUCACUGUGGCGUGGCAACGGAAUAAACGUCCUGAAGAUCGCUCCUGAAUCUGCUAUCAAGUUCAUGGCGUAUGAGCAGAUCAAGAAGCUGAUCCGUGGCCAGAACGAGACCCUGAGGGUCAGAGAGAGGUUCAUUGCGGGGUCCCUGGCCGGUGCCAUAGCCCAGACUGUCAUCUAUCCUAUGGAGGUCCUCAAGACAAGGCUGGCUCUACGGCGGACCGGUCAGUACUCAGGAAUGACGGAUUGUGCUAGACAUAUCCUCCGCACCGAAGGCUUCAGGGCAUUCUUUAAGGGCUACCUCCCAAACCUGCUGGGCAUUGUGCCAUAUGCGGGUAUAGACUUGGCAGUAUAUGAGACCCUGAAGAACACGUGGUUACAGCGGUACCAGACGGGCUCCAGCCCCAACCCAGGAGUGCUUGUGUUAUUGGCGUGCGGCACAAUCUCUAGCACAUGCGGGCAGAUCGCCAGCUAUCCUCUAGCCUUGGUUAGGACACGCAUGCAGGCGCAAGCUACUAUCCAGGGGUCUCCGCAGCUCUCCAUGGUGGCUCUGUUCCGUUCCAUCGUGGCUCAUGAAGGGGUCCUCGGCCUCUAUCGGGGAAUCGCCCCCAACUUCAUGAAAGUGAUACCAGCCGUCAGCAUCAGCUACGUCGUCUACGAGAAUAUGAAGCGUGUGCUGGGUGUGACCAGCCGGUGAGACCGCGCAGACCAUUGAGAGACUCCGACAUUGUCGCAUCAGCCCCGGAAGCUAUAAAUGACAUGCUCUUGGGUUUGAUAUUAGCAAAAAAAAAAAAAAAGUAAGGGUACCCCCUCUUUUUUAAGGGCGUCUUUUGUAAUACUGCCAAAAAUAAUAGGGGUGUGUUGAUUCUGCUGCUGAGAAGACUUCUGGGGGUGCUUAGCACUGCCACAUGAUGCCCUGGAUCACAGUCUCACCCCGAGAAGAACAAUGGAGGUCGUUUUAUACUGAAUGUACAUUUUGCAUGGAAUAGAAUGUAUGUCCCUGGAGAGGAUUGGGCUCCCUCCCCUGAAUGUACUGUGCCCCCCCAUACACUGAAUGUAACUAAUCACUCCACAGCCGGGGGGCGCUGCAGUCCCAGUCUGGACUCUGGCUGUUAGAACUAUGACUCCCAGUAUGCAUGGUGGGAAUUGUAGUUCUAUAGCAGCUUAGGACCAAUGGUCUAGGACGGUGUUCCCAAGUCUGUUCCUAAACUACAGCACCCAGCAUGUCCUGGUGGGAGUUGUAGUUUUGCAACAUCUGGAGGUUACGCAGGUUGGAGACCACUGGCCUACAGCUUAAAAAAAAAAAAAAAGCUACAACUCCCAGCUGUCAUGGUGGGGUUUGUAGUUCUAUAGCAGCUUAGGACUAGAGAUGAGCGAAAUAACAGUAAAUUCGAUUCGUCAUGAACUUCUCGGCUCGGCAGUUGAUGACUUUU